AUGGCUAGGAAAUACGGCUUUCAGGCGAUCGAGCUGUUCUUUGAGGACCUCCUCGAAGUAGCAAAGUCAAUGGCCGGAGGCGAUCCGACGAGCAAUCAACUUGCGGCCGCGGCGAUAGUCCGCCAGCUGUGUGACGAUCGCAAGCUCUCCAUACUCUGCUUGCAGCCUUUCAUGCACUAUGAGGGCCUAGUGGACCGACAACUUCACCAGAAGCGGCUGGAAGAUGCCAAAUUCUGGGUGCGCUUGGCACAUAUUCUAGGGACCGAUUUGAUUCUCCUCCCGAGCAGCUUUCUACCACCCUCAGAAGUAUCACCGGACAUGGACGUGAUUGUCCAGGACAUGGUUGAGAUUGCGGAUGUCGGCCUUGGAGCCUCUCCGGUGAUCAGAUUUUCUUAUGAGGCCCUUUGCUGGGGCACGCGAGUUGAUACAUGGGAGCGCAGCUGGGAGGUUGUGCAAAGAGUUGACCGAUCUAAUUUCGGAAUCUGUCUUGACACUUUCAACAUCGCGGGUCGAAUCUACGCAGACCCUUCAGUAUCGUCUGGUCAAACAGAGAACUGUGACGAAGCGAUUGAAGCCUCUUUGCGUGGCAUGAUUACCUCUGUCGAUCCGAGAAAGCUGUUUUUGGUGCAAAUGGCAGACGCAGAGAAACUGGCUCAACCGCUUGACAGCAGCCAUCCAUUCUACAACUCGGAGCAGCCUGCUCGGAUGAGUUGGUCUCGGAAUGCCAGGCUGUUUUACGGGGAGUCUCAUCUCGGCAGUUAUCUACCCGUCAAGAGGAUCCUGGACGUCAUCAUCCGCGACAUUGGGUAUCAGGGCUGGCUGAGCUUCGAGGUUUUCAAUAGGGCGCUGUUGGAGCGUGACGAACGGAUACCGGAAAUGAUGGCAAGGAGAGCGGCACAGUCAUGGAAGCUGAUGGAGCGAGAUCUGGGGCUCGAACAUUCAAGCAUGGGUUAUAAGGCUCAAGCUCUUCUGUAG